UGAUUGCAUUCAAGGGCUUCCUGCACACUGAGUUCAGCGAGGAAAACAUUGACUUCUGGCAGGCUUGUGAGGAUUACCGGAACACCAGGUCCAUGGGCAAACUCACGGCCAAGGCCAGGAACAUCUUUGCCGAGUUUGUCACCAUCCACGCCCCACGAGAGGUCAACCUCGACUCAAGCACGCGGGAAGCGACAUCGAGCGGCGUUCUGGCCCCCACCCGCUCCACCUUUGACCUGGCGCAGAAGCGGAUCUUCAGCCUGAUGGAGACGGACUCCUACCCCCGCUUCCUGCGCUCCGAAUUCUACCGCAAGUUGGCCGGUGCCAAGCAGCUCAACGGCCUGGCGUAGGCGCGGGGGGAGGG